CGAAGCGAGAUUAGGAAAAGGUGUCUUGUUUUUGCCCAAUGUCGACUGAAGCCCCCACUCAAUUUUCGUAUCGUGCUCAGAAGGAGCUGACCAUCUGGAGUGGAUAUCCAGAGUAUCAGCCUCUCAAGACCUUCGAAAAGCCUGAGACUGCUACUCGUGCUUUUCAGUAUAGCAAGUACGGUCAUGCCUAUGCUUAUGCUACUAACGAAAGCGUAAAGGUCUAUGAUGCGGGAAGUCUGGAGCAGUGGUGUGAGAUCAAACGCCCCAAUGUUAUCGAUCUCUGGCUCUCUCCUCAGGGCAGCUUCGUUGCCACAUGGGAACGACCUACCAAGUUGGAGGAUGGCUCUGGAAGCCGUAACCUCAUCGUUUGGGAUGCAAAGACAGGCGAAGAGAUUGCUUCAUUUUCUCAAAAGGCUCAGAACAACUGGAAUUUCCAAUGGACCGAUGAUGAGAAAUACUGCGCUCGUAUGGUGACAGGAGAAGUUCAAUUUUGGGAGAGCAGAAAUGCUGGAAAAGCCGUCUGGGCAAGACUCAAGUUGGAGGGCAUUGCCCAGUUCUCGCUUAGUCCCGGAAAAUCCCCUGCUGUUGCUGUGUUUGUUCCUGAACGCAAGGGAGCACCUGCGAUCGUUCGUCUUUUCAGCGUCCCUAGCUUCAACCAGCCCUUGUCCAACAAGACUUUCUUCAAGGCCGAUCGUAUCCAAACAUUCUGGAACGAUUUGGGUACAAGUCUUUUGGUCUUGACCCAGACUGAUGUUGAUAAGACUGGAAAGUCAUACUAUGGAGAAACCAACCUUUAUUACCUCGCCGUGGCUGGUACCUUUGACUGCCGUGUACCUCUUGAUAAGGAGGGACCUAUUCACGAUGUCACCUGGGGACCAGACUCCAAGGAAUUUGUUGUAGUCUAUGGAUCCAUGCCCGCAAAGUCAACUCUGUUCGAUCACCGCGCCAAUCCUGUACACAGCUUCGGUAUUGACCCCCGUAACUUUGUCAAGUUCAAUCCUCAGGGCCGUACUAUCUGUAUUGCUGGUUUCGGAAACUUGAACGGCACCAUCGAUCUGUGGGACCGCAAGUCUUUGACAAAGGUCAAGUCUUUCCAGGCACCAAAUGCUUCUCACUGCGAAUGGUCUCCUUGUGGUCGCUAUCUCUUGACAGCAACCUUGACACCUCGUCUGAGAGUAGACAACGGUUUCAAGAUGUGGCAUCACACUGGUACUCUCAUCUAUGAAGAGAGUGUCAAUGAGCUCUAUCAGGUCGGAUUCCGCCCUGAACCCGCAAGCAAGUACCCUAUGCGUUCAAUCUCACCUGCUCCUAAGCCUAUCAAGGUUCUCUCGACCUUGAAUGCUGAUGUGAAGCCUAUCGCAAAACCUCUGGGCGCAUACCGUCCUCCCCACAUGAGAAGUGGCGGUGCCCCUACCAGUCUUGCUCAGAGAGAAGCUGAUAUGGCAGCUGGUCGCUCUACUUCUGGACCUCGUAAGAUUCCCGGUGCCCCCGUUGGCGCUAAGUUUGCCUCAAAGAACAAGAAAGAUGGUAAGAAGGAAGCAGCACCACCUGCUGCCGCAAAGCCUACUCCUGUGAAUGCAGAAGAGACCCAAAAGAAGAUUAGAAACUUGGAGAAGAAGCUUCGUCAGAUCAGGGAACUCAAGGACAAACAAACCAAGGGUGAUACUAUCGAACCCGCUCAGCUCCAGAAGAUCGGCACAGAGCCUUCGGUGAUGAGAGAAUUAGCUGGUCUCCGUGCUCUUCUUUAGAAACAAAGUGUGUCAACAAGAUAAAUAAUGACAAAAAAUGUUUAUUUUAUAACAAGAG